UUUUCAGAUUUGUUUUCUAAUUUAUUCAAAAAAUGUCUGCAAAUAUUGAUAAGGAUUCUAAUGGAGUUGAAAACGGAAUUAACGGCAACAAUUCAACAUCGGAAAAUGGUCACAAAGAGCAACCUUUUGGCCGUCCUGAAUGGGAAUUGUUACAAAAACGUUUGGCAGUCUUAUACGACAAUGUGAGAGCUUAUCAUACAAAUUUACAACAAUUAUUGGCUGAUGCAAAGCAAGCGAAGGGAAAUCGAUGAAUUUUAAUUUUGUGGUUAAGUGGGUUAAAAUUUGGUUGUUGAGGGGGAAAGUUCGAUUCCUUUGAGUUAAAAAAAUAAAAUAUAUACCUA